CGCCCCGCUUCCUGUUCCACAGUGAGCGGUUUGACGCGGCUACGGCACCGCGGAGCGACCGCACUUUGACGCCGAGAAGGAGGGAGUUUAAGUAGAGUUACCCCCACACCCCCCACCAGGAGGACCCGUUUGUGUCUUAAGGUCGAACCGUCAGUCUGACGCUGAACCGCCGGAGGCAUGACGGACCUGGCGGUUUCCCUGGCGGCGUUGGGAGCCGCGGUGCUCCUCAGCGAGGCGACCCGCCGGACCGCGGCGCGCCUGUUCCCCGGGGCUUAUGGGAUUUACCUGCUGGAAGCGGCGUCCACCUUCCAGCUCUGCUGCUGCACUCACGAACUCAAACUGCUGGGCGAAACGGCCCGGCUGGAGCCGCCGGUCGGCCUGACCCUCACGUACACCAUGACGGUCAUCCACCUCCUAACUUUCCGCGGAGCGACGUGCAACCCCAGCGGGGCUCUGGAGGGCGUCUGCCGCGGGACCAGCACCGGCAGGGCCGCCGUCGUCCUCAUAGCCUGCCAGUUCGCAGCUGCGCUCGCCGCGCAGUUUUUCGCAGCCGCCGUGUGGUCGCUGGGUCUGUCCGACAUGCACCUCCGGCACCGGAGGUUCGGGUUCAGGUGCUUCGACCCCCUCGGCGGGACUGUGCUGGAGGCCGCGGCCGUGGAGCUGGCGUGCGCUUUCGUAGUCCAGGCUGCGGCCAUGCAUGUGCACAAAGUGGACGAGAGACUCCGAGCUCACUGCGUCGCUGCUGUCAUCACUGCCCUGGUUUACACAGGUGGAAGUAUUUCAGGAGCUGUUUUUAACCCCGUCCUGGCCUUCUCCAUCCAGUUCCCCUGCAGCGGCCACACCUACCUGGAGUACUGCUUUGUCUACUGGCUGGGACCAAUCCUGGGUGUGGCCAGCUGCAUCCUGCUGUUUGAGAAGAUCAUUCCUUUCCUGUCUGGAAAAAGUACCGCCGGGCUGGACGUCCCCGCUGUCCAGAAACAGAAGACACAGUAGCACCGAUGUGGGGACAGGACGCAGUCACCAGAGUAAACGUUUUUUCUUUUCCUUUUUCUUUUUUUUUUUAGGCUUCGUAUCCCAUGUGUCUGUGUGAAUAAUGCCAGCAUAAAUAAAUUUCUUCCCUUUUAUCAUUAACACCUAUGAAGGCAGCACAUGAAGCCCAGUUACGAGUUGUACUGUGUACAUGUGCCACACCGCGACUGAUGACUGUGAAGAGUUCAAAGCCGCUGUCGUCUGAGGCUCCUGCCGCCGGCUGCGCUGCAGGUUUACCGCAUGAAACGCAGAAAAUACGCGUCGGAGCGAACGGCGCUUGUACUGUAGUCUUCCCGGAACGCGGUGACCUAAUAAUGCGGCUAAUUGUCCGUUCACCGUGUCAGUUACGGCAAACUGCUAGAAAAACAUACACUGCGCUAGAGCUGCGACAGUGAGUUGCUCAGUCGAAGUCGAAAGACAAUUAAUCUGCAAGUAUGAUCAUUUUUUUCAAGCAAAACUGCAUAAAACAUUGAAAUGUGAAGAUUUUAAGCUUUUCUUUGUCAUAUAUAAUAGUAAACUGAGUAUCUUUGCAUUUUGGGCAAAACCAAGACAUUUGAAGACGACACCCUGGGAUGUGUGAAUCAUAAAAGGGCUUUUUUUCUGAAUUGUCUAUCUUACAGACUAAAUCAAAUAAUCGUCACAAUUAUCUAUGAUGAAGAUAGUGGUUAGUUGCAGCCCCACGCGACACGUAAUUAAGGCAAAUAUUUUCAAAAAAAAGUAAAGCUGCCUUGCAACGCACAGGCGGAGCUUUUGACUGUCGAAACACAACUUGCGUUCAGCUCGUCGUGGGCAUGACUGGCGAGAGAGGAAGGACAUGAUCCAAUAAUUAAACGGCCUGCUUUAUUCACAGGCACAGACCUGCUGCCAACAGAAAACAGAUCUUAACUGUGUGAGUUGUAGGAGGUAUUUACACGGCUCAUCCACGCGUGCUGCUGCUGCUAACGUCGAACUGAAAUUUUACACUUUGUGUGUCAGGAAAUAUAAACGACAAGGAUACUGCAGCCAUUCUUGGAUUAUUUUUCCAUUUUUCCAAAGAGGAUGAAACAGUUUUUGGGGACACGGUGUUUGUGGCAGCUUCAGAUUUCUGUGGGGGCGUUCGCCAUGGCAACGGUUGACUUGGGGGUCCGGCGUUGCUGGGAGACGAGCUGCAAAAUUCCACGGCCUCCUAUUGCUGCGUCCACACAACAUCAGCAGAGUGGGAAAAACACCCGUUAUUCUGGUGGCUAGCCCCCAAAAAACGGUAGUUUUACGUAUUUGUAGCAGUUCGUUAACAAGUGAAGUGUAAAGCUCCUGUAAAAUUCCCGGAUUGGGAUUGUAUUGGUGUUAAAACUGGAUUUUAUUUUGAUGUAACCGCCAUCAGAGGUGCGUCUGAAGCUAUUCUGCCAAAAGGUUAUUGACAUGUCUGGAGUUAUCAUCGGUCUCGGAAGUUUCUGACGUCUCCGACUGACGUGAACGGUUUUUCCACACUCGGCUGCUCAUGAUUGCGAUUUAAAGCCAGCAUGUUAAGCUAACUAACUAACGUCACCACUGGUCUGAACACAGCGACAAAAUGCACAUAUUUUUAGAUUCAGUGUAGCCCACACUUCCUGAAGAUAUGAUUAUAUCUGAUGUCCAUUGCAGACAAGCGUCCAUAAAUCCACUUAGAAAUGAUACCAAAAAAAAGGUGCUUCUUAUAACUCCAGAACUUGCCUGAGAAUCAUCCCAUUUUUCAGUUUUCUUUAGUAUUAAAGAAAUCCAGUGAUAGUUGUCUGUACAUCCGUGGGUACACUGCAAACAGUCACUGCUGAUAGCCUAAAUAUAGGCCCUUCAAACAUGGCAACAUUAGCCUUCCUGUUUACAUCCCCCACAGCUUUACGGGAAUUGUAGUUCCAAUUUAUGACUACCCCCACCAGAAUGACUAUACUAUUGCACUAUACUGUAAAUAUGGGCACAGUUGUCUUGAUUGUCUCCGACAUUGAAAACCCCUGGCUUAGUGUUAGUUCUCUCUCUUUCAUGGGUCAAGCUGUGGCAACGGCAACCGGCCAGACUGUCAAAACGUGCAGCAGCGGGUUGGUCCUCUGCCCUCACCCCUCUGUACAUCACUUUGGGAUUCAAAUCGCGACAAUCGGCAACAUAAGUGGAGCCACGGGGUAACGUACGAAGUGCUCAAAUCGCAAGAUAGUUAGCUCUUUUGAGCUGUUCUAAGCGUUGGGUUUGAAGUGAUGAUAUUACAAACUAUUUUUAGUGACACAGAUAUUGUACCAGUCAAAUUACAGUGUCAGUUAGAACCAAAAAAGUCAUGUCAAGGAUAUGCAGUGCUGUGAAAAAGUAUUUGCCCCCUUCCUUAUUUCCUCUGUUUUUGCAUGUUUGUCACGCUUAAAUGUUUCAGACCAUCAAAGAACAUUUAAUUUAAGACAAGGACAACGUGAGUGAACAGAAAAUGCAGCUUUUGAAUGGUCAUUCCAUUAAUUGAAGGUAAAGAGUUAUUCAGAACCUAUAUCACCCAUGUGAAAAAGUAAUUGCCCCCUGAACCUAAUAACCGGUUGUGCCACCCUCGCCGGCAACAACUGCAAGCAAACGUUUGCGUCCUUCACGUCGCUGUGGAGGAAUUUUGGCCCACUCUUUUGCAGAAUUGUUUUUAUUCAGCCACAUUGGAGGUUUUUCGAGCAUGAACUGCCUGUUUAAGGUGGACUUGCUGGUGUGUUUCGGAUCAUUGUCCUGCUGCAUAACCCAAGUGCGCUUGAGCUUGAGGUCACAGACUGAUGGCCGGACAUUCUCCUUCAGGAUUGUCUGGUAGAGAGCAGAAUUCAUGGCCCCAUCAAUUACGGCAAGCCGUCCGGGUCCUGAAGCAGCAAAGCAGCCCCAGACCCCAUCGCACUACCACCUCCAUGCUUGACUGUGGGUACGAUGUUUUUAUUGAAGAAUUCUGUGUUAGUUUUUACGCCAGAUGUAACGGGACCCACACCUUCCAGAAAGUUCCACCUUUGACUCGUCAGUCCACAGAAUAUUUUCCCAGAAGUUUUGGGGGUCAUCAAGAUGUUUUUUGGCAAAUGUGAGACGAGCCUUUGUGUUCUUUUUGGUCAGCAGUGGUUUUUUGCCUUGGAACUCACCCAUGGUUGCCAUUUUUGCCCAGUCUCUUUCUUAUUGUGGAAUCAUGAACACUGACCUUAACUGAGGCAAGUGAGGCCUGCAGUUCUUUAGAUGUUCGUCUGGGUUCUUUUGUGACCACCUGGAUCAGUCGUCGAUGCGCUCUUGGGAGUAAUCUUGGUAGGCCGGCCACUCCUGGGAAGGCUCACCACCGUCCCAAUUUCCUCCAUUUGUAGAUAAUCGCUCUCACCGUGGUUCUCCGGAGUCCCAAAGCCUUAGAAAUGGCUUUGUAACCUUCGUAACCCCUUCCAGACUGAUAGAUGUCACCGACUUUGUUUCUCAUCUGUUCUUGAAUUUCUUUAGAUCGCGGCAUCGUGUGCUGCUUUUUGAGAUCUUUAAGGCUACUUCACUUUGUCAGACAGGUUCUAUUUAAGUGAUUUCUAGGUUCAACAGGUCCGGUAGUAAUCAGGCCUGGGUGUGGCUUGUGAAAUUUAACGUGGUUAAUCGGUUGAUUAACCACGUAUUUGGGGGGGGGCAAUUACUGUAUUUUACGGUAUUUGGGGGGGGCAAUUACUUUUUCACAAUAGGCCAGGUAAGUUGGAUAGCUUUUUUUUUUUUUUUCCCUUAAUAAAAAAAAUCAUAAUUUAAAAACUGCAUUUUGUAUUUACUCAGGUUAUCUUUGUCUAAUAUUAAAAUUAUUUUGAUGAUCUGAAACAUUUAAGUGUGACAAAUAUGAAAAAAAGAAGAAAAUCAGGAAGGGGGCACAUACUUUUUCACAGUACUGAAUAUGCUGAUUUCGUAGUAAAAUUUCAGAUGGACUUUAGUUUUUUUUAUUUUUAUUUUUAAUAGUUCUCAUGAGAGAUUUACAGAUAUGUAAGCUAAUAAUUAGACCUGUUCUUAAGAUUUGCCAAAUGAUUUUCAUAUGAAGAAGGUCAGAAGCACAACAGGAUAGAAGGAGUGUACGUAACCAAGUGUUACUGUUGAAAUGAAGCGUUUCUUGUUCUGACGCCGUAACUCACUGGCACCAUCACUACUUUACAUGACACCUCACCAAAAUGUGAAACAACAUGAAUAACAGCUGAAAGCACUUUGGUCGCAAAAGAUGACAAUACUGAAACUUGAAAUGCACAAAAUUUAACAGAGCAAAAUGAGAAUAGAAGUGUCUUUUUAAACGCAGAUAAGUAGGACGUGACAGCCACUUACAUCUGUCAUUUUCUCUAUGCAGUUUGGUAGAUUUAUGAGCAUCAGAAGUUCCAAAACAUGUCUUCAGUUUAGUAAGCAUGGGGCUUCCAGAUGUUUUGUUGUUGUUGUUGUUGUUGGUUCUGUCAGGGCCGUUAAUUGAAAACCCUUUUAUUUUCACUUUUAUGUAAGUUAACGUAACACAGGAUGCAGUGCACAAAGUGGGACAGAAGACGUUUCCUCAAAGCCAUCAGUCCAAGUGACAUUCACUAAAACACACUAGCCACACCCAAUGAAAGGCGUGUUUGGUGUUACAAAAAAAUAACUAAUACGAUGACUUGAUUUCAACAACUUUAUAGUACUUUUAUAACCCCCCCCCCUGGAAAAAAAAAAUUAAAGGUGAAGUGAAACAGCACAAAGGUUUUAAGGUUUGAUUUUGGGUGUAGUUGUCAAAGCUUUACACUUUCAGAUGUCUGUAACUGCACAAAAUUGUUUUUUCUAGUGCACUUGAUAUGUCAGUUAAAGAACUGGAUUUCACUCUUAGGACUCUGUGCUGCUGAUCAGGAUUUUAUUAAUGUACUUUUCGGGUGCAUCCUUUUUCUCCACUGGAUUUGGGGGUUUUUUUUGUUUGUUUGUUUUUUUUCUCUGUUAAAAUUGCAGAAACUCCGGUUUCUCUGUCAACCAAUGACAUGAUCAUUUACUUUAUCUUUAAAUACCUCUAGAGUCUGGACGGUCAUAACAAUUUAUGUUUCUGACAGUAAAACUUGAUGAAUAUUGCAAGAAUGUGAAUAAAGAUUGAUUUUUCUCUAAAAUUUCUGUCUCAACGUCUGUCAGCAAAAUGUACGGUAUAAAAUGCAUUUCUAAU